GAAACUCUGCGGACAGGGAAUUCGCAAGAGAUCCAUCAGAUUUUAUGGAAUGCGCGGAAGACCAUAUCUCCAAGAAGGGCGACAGACCGUUCCUACCGCCGUCAUGAAGAGGGCUCGGCAGAAGAGCCAUGUUCCUGGCACUACGCGCAAGAGGCAUAUUUGGGCGGCUUUGCUGAUUCUGCCGAGGAGUUCCAGAAAGUGGAGACUGCGCUUUGCAAGUGCCUUCACCUUGGCAGAGCCUGCAAAGGCAUCACCUGUGAAGCUGCCGAUGGCGACAGGGAGAGCUGCACACUUCGGAAGGGCUCGCCCUUCCUAGCACCAUCGCCGGCCGAGGAGUGGAGCUUCGUGAAGGUCUGCCAUGACCUAGGCUGCAAUGCAACUCCCGCAAAGCGGAUCGUUCAUGUGAACUUUGCGGAUGGCUGCUGUGAGCGGGAGCAGGCUCAAAGCUCCGAGUCGGCGCUGCGCUUCGGUGCCUCGGAGAGCCGGCCGCUGCGAGGUGAUUUUUUGGACGAUGCUUUCCGGCGGAAGAACGAGGUUCUGCUGAAGUUCAACCGCACACCGGAGCUAACUCAACACAAGACUCCGUCGGGCAAAGUUGGGUAUUAUGUGUGGAAGCCUUAUGUCGUACUCCGAACUGUACUUGAUCCAUCACUGCCAUGGGAGACGACAGUUGUGGUCUGGACAGAUGCAGGAAUUCAUUUUGUCAGCGACAUGCGGCCGCUCACUCAGGAGUUUUUACGGGACUCGGAUGUUGCGGCGACAAGGACCCCGAUGAACGAGGGGGACUUUUCCAAGCGAGAUGCCUUUGUCCUGCUGGAUGCUGAUUUUCCCAGCAUCAUGGAGACGAAUCAGAUUGCAACUGGUAUCAUCCUGGUACGAAAAACACGCUUGGCAGUAUCUUUCCUUGAGAGGUGGCUGGCCGCUUGUGAGGACCGACGAAUUAUGACCGAAGAGCCAUCUAUUCUGGGCUAUCCUGAGUAUCCAUCGUUUCGAAACAACAACGACGAUCAGACUGCCUUCUCUUUGCUGUUCAAGCUGCACGGCUUCCGGGCUUUCUCUGUCGAGGAGCGGGACGCGGUAGUUUACACCGGCCGCAACCUGGCAAAGUUCCUCAAGGCAUCCAACGACUUCGCUUUGGGCGUGACAUCUGAUCGCGAUGCUUACCUCCAGGCUGCCGAUGAUGCAGCCGGCCAGUCAUCGCAGAGCUCGGCGACCUAA